UUGAGUGACAUUACGUUUUCUUUCCAAAAUUCCGAAAAGAAAUCUCAAAACUUCCAGGACUUCAAGCUCGUUGAAGUGCCAAAGAACGAACAUGGACAAUUCUACACUGGUGAUUCCUACGUUGUUAUGAAUACCAAAUGGAACGCUUGGGAUAUUCACUUCUGGCUUGGCCAAAACGCUUCACUUGACGAAAUCGGAACGGCUGCCAUGAAAGCUGUAGAAAUUGACCAAGCACUAGGUGGUAUACCAGUACAGUACAGAGAAAUCCAAAACCACGAAUCACCACUGUUCCUCUCAUAUUUUCCCAGUGGAAUCAGGUACUUGUCAGGUGGUUACGAUAGCGCGUUCCAUAAAAUAGAGGAUAUGUUCAAAAACUGGAAGCCAAAACUGUUCCAUUGCAAAGGGAAGAGGAAUGUACGCUGUACGCAGGUUGAAUGCAAAAAGGAGUCAUUGAAUCGGGGCGAUGUCUUUCUACUUGAUCUUGGCAGAGAAAUUUAUGUCUGGAUGCCGCCCGAAAGUGGACGUCUUGAAAGGAUCUCGGGAAUGGCUCGAGCGAAAAAUAUUGCCAACCAUGAACGAGUAGGACAAUCAAAAGUAUAUGUGCUUGACUCCGACUGGGACACCGAUGAAACGUUUUGGUCACAUUUUGGAGGUCUGAGUGCUGUCAAGACCAUCGCUAAAGCGAAGAACGACGACGAGGGUUAUUGGAAGGGUACGACCGAAAAAGUGACAUUACAUCGGGUUUCGGAUGCCUCCGGUGCAAUGAAAAUAACAAAAGUUGCUCAGGGUGAAAUAAAACGUAGUCAACUGGAUUCAAAAGACGCUUUCAUUCUCGAUGCCGUUGUUGGCGGGGUUUUUGUGUGGAUUGGAAAGGACUGUACCAUGGAUGAACGUGCACAAGCGAUGUUAAUCGGAUCGAAAUACUUGAAAGAGAAGAAUCUUCCAACGUAUACAUCAGUGGUGCGAGUAUUGGAUUCAGCUGAGCCACAAUCGUUCAUACAAUGGUUCGGCGAGUGGGUGGACGGCAAGACGAAAAAAACUUUCGAACCGCGUCUGUUCCAAGUAUCAGAUGAGUCCGGAAAAAUGAUGGUGGAAGAGAUUGCCAACUAUACUCAAGAGAGCCUCGACGGUGAUGAUGUUAUGAUCGUCGAUGCCCUCAGCAUUAUUUACGUGUGGAUUGGAACUGGUGCCAACCAGAAUGAGAAGAAAAAUGCUCACCAAACUGCCGAGAAAUACUUAAAGUAUGGUAAAUUGCCACGCCCUCAGAAGACCACGAUUGAAACGAUCUAUCAAGGCAAAGAAACACCAACUUUCAAAAAGAUGUUCCCGAAAUGGGACGAUAAAUUAUUCGAAGGGGACCAACGCACAGUGGAACAAAUGAGAAAGCAUCUCUUCAAAUGA